AUGAAGGGAUCUUUGAAUCCACUUGAAGGAAACCUAGAAAGCGGACCCAGGAAUUCUGCUGUUGGUCAAACAAUGAUGUUCCUCAGUGGAUGCUCGGGGAUGAGGGGCUGUCGUGUGGAAACUAAAUGGUCCUUGAAAGUGCUCCUUCAUCGAUGCAAGAGAGCCAUGAAGAGCCUUGCUGAUGGAAAAGAUUCAGAGAUCACCAUGAAAGAUAUUGCCAUCAUUGUUACCUUGGCUGUGCUGUUGCUGAUCUCCAUUGGCUUCAAUAUUUAUCUGGCUGCCAAGCGCCAACAUUUAGAAACUGAUCUGAGCAGUUUGUGCCCCCAUGGCUGGGUCAGGAGCCAAAGCAGGUGCUACCAUUUCUCCGCUACCCAAGAGGCCUGGGACGUUGGUCAAGAUCACUGCUUUUCUUACAGAGGCUCCCUGGUGGUGAUGGACACUCCACAGGAAAGGGAUUUUGUAAUGAGCUCACAAGGCGUGGCUGGUUAUUGGAUCGGCCUCUGGAGAGAGGGAGUUGGACAGCCCUGGAAACAGCCCAACGGGUCCCUCUUUAGCAAUUGGUUUCCAAUAGGUGGAGAAGGUUGUUGCGCCUACCUGAAUGACGAAGAGGUCAGCUCUAAGCAGUGCGUCAACAGGCAACGGUGGAUCUGCAGCAAACCAUUCCGGAAAUGGGGGUGUCGCGUGACGCGCAUGCGCACGGAGGGCGGCGGGCCCCGAAGCCCUCAGGGCGGUGAGGAGGAGGAGGAGGAAGAUGGCGGCGGGGUGCGGGGCGGGGUGCUGCGGCUGUUGCUGCGGGGAGAGGGACAGCCGCACCCCGGAGGAGCUGGUAAGGCGGGCGGGAAGCCGACGGGGACCAUCCUUGGAGAAACUCAAGAUGAAGAUGAUGAGAUUCUCCCACGUAAAGACUACGAGGGUUACCUGUUCUCUGACUGCUUCCCGCAGAGCAUGCUCAGAGGUCAGCGGAAGGCCGAACGCCUUGCCAAGAAGUCCCAAGAAGUUAGUGGCACGCAGUUUGAUGGUUGCUUAUAUGCAGAGAGCCAGCCUCGAUCGUAUGUGGCUCUGUGA